UUUCUGUAGAAAGUGGUUGACAGCACACGACCCUCCUGGGAAUCCCCUUAGGAUGCUGUGGGACAAAGUCAGCAUACUGUCAACCUUCCUGGCUCCCUUCAAGUACCUAAGUCCUGGCACCACAAACACGGAGGACGAAGACAAUCUGAGUACCAGCAGUGCAGAAGUGAAGGAGAACCGUAAUGUGAGCAACUUGGGAACCAGGCCCCUGCCACCAGGGGACAGGGCCAGAGGCAGCACACCCAGCAUCAAAAGAAAAAGGCCCUUGGAGGAAGGGAACGGGGGCCACUUCUGCAAAUUCCAGCUCAUCUGGAAGAAGUUGUCCUGGUCAAUGACACCCAAGAAUGCACUUGUCCAGCUGCAUGAGCUAAAGCCAGGCCUACAGUACCGGAUGGUGUCCCAGACGGGCCCAGUACAUGCCCCAGUCUUCGCUGUGGCGGUGGAAGUGAACGGACUCACAUUUGAGGGCACAGGGCCCACCAAGAAAAAAGCCAAGAUGCGCGCAGCCGAGCUGGCACUGAAGUCCUUCGUGCAGUUCCCCAACGCCUGCCAGGCGCACCUGGCCAUGGGCAGCGGCACCAGCCCAUGCACGGAUUUCACUUCCGACCAGGCCGACUUCCCAGACACUCUGUUCAAAGAGUUUGAGCCGUCGGCACCCAGCGAGGGCUUCCCGGUCUGCCGGCCCAUGGACCCCGAGCUGCUAUCCACCGCCUACCGGAGAGGGCGGCUGCUGUACCACACCCUGGACCUCAGGGGCCCCGCCCGGCCCGACCGGCCCUGGCCUGCUCCCGCAGCCCCCAGAGAGAGGAACCCGGUGGUCGUGCUGAACGAGCUGCGCUCCGGCCUGCAGUACGUGUGCCUCUCGGAGACAGCAGAGAAACCACGCUCCAAAAGCUUUGUCAUGGCCGUGUGCGUGGACGGGAGGACGUUCGAAGGCUCCGGACGCAGCAAGAAGCUGGCUAAGGGCCAGGCAGCCCAGGCUGCCCUGCAGGCCCUCUUCGACAUCAGGCUGCCCGGCCACACCCCCAGCAGGAGCAAAAGUAACCUCUUGCCACAGGAAUUUGCCGACUCGGUGUCCCAGCUGGUCACACAGAAGUUCCGUGAGCUGACAAUUGGCUUGACAUCCAUGCAUGCCCGCCACAAAGCACUGGCAGGAAUCGUCAUGACCAAAGGCUUGGACACCAGGCAGGCGCAGGUCAUCGUCCUGUCCUCGGGGACCAAGUGCAUCAGCGGUGAGCACAUCAGUGACCAGGGGCUGGCGGUCAACGACUGCCAUGCGGAGAUCGUGGCCAGGCGGGCAUUUCUGCACUUCCUCUAUGCACAGCUGGAGCUGCACCUGAGCAAGCGACAAGAGGACUCGGAGCGAUCAAUAUUUGUGCGUUUAAAGGAGGGAGGCUACAGACUUCGAGAAAACGUCCUCUUCCAUCUCUAUGUGAGCACAUCGCCCUGUGGAGAUGCAAGACUCAACUCCCCUUACGAGAUCACCACAGACCUGAACAGCAGCAAACACCUCGUCAGGAAAUUCCGAGGGCACCUACGCACCAAGAUCGAGUCUGGGGAGGGGACAGUGCCCGUACGGGGGCCCAGCGCAGUCCAGACGUGGGACGGCAUCCUGCUGGGGGAGCAGCUGGUCACCAUGUCCUGCACAGACAAGAUUGCCAGGUGGAACGUCCUGGGACUGCAGGGUGCUCUCCUCUGUCACUUCAUCGAGCCUGUGUACCUCCACAGCAUUGUCGUGGGAAGCCUGCACCACACGGGCCACCUCUCCCGGGUCAUGAGCCACAGGAUGGAGGACAUCGGCCAGCUGCCGGCCUCAUACCGGCACAACCGGCCUCUUCUCAGUGGAGUGAGUAAUGCUGAGGCACGGCAGCCAGGAAAGUCUCCCCACUUCAGUGUGAACUGGGUUGUGGGCAACGCAGACCUGGAGGUUAUUAAUGCCACAACCGGGAAGAGGAACUGCGGGGGUUCAUCCAGGCUCUGCAAGCACGUGUUCUCUGCCCGGUGGGCACAGCUGUAUGGUAGGCUGAGCACACGGAUUCCAAUUCAUGGAGACACACCAUCCAUGUACUGUGAGGCCAAACUGGGGGCGCACACUUACCAGUCUGUUAAACAGCAGCUGUUCAAGGCUUUUCAGAAGGCCGGCCUGGGCACCUGGGUGAGGAAACCACCAGAGCAAGAUCAGUUUCUACUAACUCUCUAAACCAUUAGACUCCUUUGCUAUCAGACCACAGCGAAACACCUGAAGAGGAUGGAGUCAUGCGUGUGGAGCAACAUGGCGUGUCCACUGUUUUGCAGAAUUCAUUUUCCUUCAGUGUUCCAGAAGCACACAAGUUCCGUGUGUGGAUGAGUACCUAGAUUUGAAUUCAAGACAUGUUGCUUUUUCCCAAGUGGCUACUCCUAAGAACCCCAUCCACCAUACCUAGAGGUACAAGUGCCAUUGUAUUAGUUCCAUCUCUUCUUGGUGGUGUCAAAGGAAAAGCUUCUAUUUCAGUGAAGGGAACUGAGUUUCAGCCUUUACAAGUGGUACUGAAGUGUGGCCAGUUAUAAACGGGCCCCAGCACCAUCCCCUGGCUUCUCUCUCUUACCAUAAACCUCUCUAACGAUGGGUUUGGGUGUCACUAGCACAAGUUUAUGUGAUGCUUGUAGAUAUGCCACAAGUGAAAAAGAAAAGUCAUGGGCUCCCCCCAAAGAAACCAACAGGAAUGCUCUAUUCUUUUCAUUAUUUAUCUAGAUGUCUUUCUCCAUCUUCUUUCAAAGAGGAUUUGAGAUGAACAAAACUAAAGAACAACUAAAAUAAGACCAGAUAAAUGAAAACCAUUCUUGAAACACAAAGGAAUAGUUGCCCACGGCACCACUGAGUUAUAAUCUACGAUAUAAGAAAACCAUUUCUAAAACUCCUACUAUGUGAGCGUUGCAAACCAGCACAUGCCUAUUCAAACAUAACAUUUCAUUCCUUUCAGUAGAUAAUGAUAGGCAUUGAAUUUUGAGUUAUAUAAAGUUUAGCCACUGACCUACCACCUCCCUGCCAGGUCAUAAGGAAACUGUUACACCAAAUUCUGAUUCUUUAACUAAAUAUUUAUAAGAAAACAAGCAGCCAAAAAUCCCACAUUCAAAAUGAUCUUUAUGUCUGAGGUUUUAUUUUAAGUUUUCUAACCACCAUCUUACAUAACUAAAGAACUAACUUACAAAAUGCAAUAGGCAGGCGUUUAGAACAAGCAUCAGACCAAGUCCACAGCUGGACACAUGACAUUUAGAAUUUAGUCCACAGCACUAGUCCUGAGAGGUGCUAGAUUCAAGCCAGGGAGAGGUAUACCUUUAAUAUAUAUUUUAUCAACGUGUGUUCCUUGAAUUAUUUUCAUUUUACCGCUGAGAAUACAUCAUGCCAGGUCUCUAGUUUUUCCCACUAAAAGAAAUACUAUCUGCAAUUACAUUAUGUUAAAUAAGCACACAUAGCAGUAGUCAUCUCCAGAGCAUAGCUUCCCAGUUAGAAUUCCAGGUGACUGCCCUACAGGAAUGCAAGAAUUACAUCGUGCUAUAUAGAGUCUAGUAUAAGUGGCAAAUAUCACAACAGUGAGGCAAAAAAGGAGACAGAGUUGUAGCUAUUUGAGACAAGAGACAGGAAGUAGAGAUAUUAGUAUGAAAAUAGAAACUUUUCUUGGCACUUGACACAAGGUCGAAUUUAUCACUAAAGUCCUUUUAGAAAAGGAAAUGGGCACUGUAGUAGACAACUUCCUUAAGAUAAAGUUUUGAAAGAUAUGAGCAUGAUUUGCAUCUAGAUGAUUCAUAAUAAGAAAUUUCAUUAAAAAUAGAAAUCGAAGAAAAAGAAAUCCUGCUUCCAUGUAAAGACUAAGAUCAAAGAACCAAUUUGUAUCCAUUUCUGAAAGAAACCUUAGAAAAACCACAAAACCUUGAGAGCCAAUUGUGGCUUAGAUAUUGACUCAACCAGCGGAAAUCUAGAGCCAGUCUCUAAAAGUCUAGAGGUAUAGUUGGUUUCUGGUUCAAAUCUAAGACCCUAACCUCGAAUUACUGAUAUCCUGAGCUGUUGCUUGGAGAAUGAGUCACAUCACUAUGCUCCAAACAAUGUUCUUUGUAGAAUAAGAAGAUUAGAAGCAGUAGCAGAGAAUUAAUUAUGGUGGAAAGAGGCAGGUGUGGUGUCCCCAGAAGGGCUCAGCUAGAGCUCCUCAUAUGAUCUUAUUCAAGGGACAUAGAAAGCAACUACUUUCCCAAUAAUGAACAUCUUUACAUAGCUCAAUUGAAGCUGUGUGACCCUGACUCACUUUGGCUAGGCAUUGGGUCUCCAAAAAUAAGCCAGACCAAAUUAAAACAUAAAUAUCUACUUGUGAGGAAAGCCACCCACUGAUUCCAUUCUACCCCUUAGCACUAACAUGGAGAGUGACUUAGUAAGUCCGUAUGAGAUGCCCUGGAAGGAGAUAUGAAGGCUUUGCAAAGCACUGUAGCAAGAGAAGAGUUUUCCACACAGGCAAAAGUAAGUUUGAGAAACUGGGACUUUUCCAAGGACAUAUCUGAUGUGAGAUCAAAAGGGGAAUGGGCAUGUGGAAGAUCUCAGGAUCAGACAGUGAAAGGACAAAAAGUAUUGAGCCAAGCUGUGAAGCGCAGUAUGCUGGGAAGCCAAGGGCUAAGGAAAGACAGUCUUCAUGGAGUGGGGGACUGAAGGGGAAUUAAGAGGAAGAAUGAAAGGACUCGAUGCAUUUAUUCUCUAAAGCAAGCAGGAAGCCAAAUUAAGACUGCACCCCAUAACCAGAUGGUGUUAUAUAUGUGCUGCUCCUGACUGCAGACGCCUGACCCCUUAGAAGUGGCCAGUUGCAGGAUUCUGACGCAGUGUCUGGUGCAGCUAGACGGGACAAAUCAUGUUACUCCCAAGACAAGAGGACUGAUAGUGGAAGCCUGGGUAUCUCCUUCUCACGUCAGUGUUUAAGAACAUCCCAACACUACUUUGAGGCCAGGUCAACCUUGCCUUUUUUGACUGCUGAAUUAUUCUUAAAAGCAGCUCACACAUACCUCCCCAAGGGAGAUUUCUUUAAGCAGAACAAAACACAAAGAGCUGGGGUGUAACUUUUAAUCGCUGUGAAAAAACAGAACUGGGCAAAACAAAAUAAAGAUGAACAAAACAUAAAAUCAAAGAAUGCGCAGGCACCUACAUUACCUUACUACCCCCCAUCCAUCUGAUUUGCCUCAAAACUACCACCCCCGUAAUCCUUUGUGCUUCAUAUUACAAAAUAGCUCAAACUCAUUAACUUUCAGUUUUUCUGUAUUGUGUAUUCAUACCUAUUUAGCUCUACUACUAAAGUCCAAAUAAAAUCAGCAUCGUGCUUAUCUGCCUUCAAAACACACAUUGCUUUCCUACUGGGGGGUUAAGCAACUUAAGGUUUCCUGCCUGGUUCUUAGUCAAAAAGUCAGUGUCUGAUCAUUUGUGAGCCUUUUUGCAGGACUGGUCCCAGGGCAAAAGGCCAAGAGGCCGUACAGGUUCUGCUCGUCCUUCUCCAGCACAAGGUUUCACAGCAAUGUAUAACAUCAAAUUGUUCAAUUUAGGAUUUCCUUGGGUUUUGUUUUCACCAACAAAAGGAUUUGUGAGUCUACAACUACUGUUCCCUUUUUUAUUCCUGUGAUUCUCCUUAAAUCUGUAUAUAUCUCUCACACCACUACUGAUUUUGUGAUGCCUUGUGGUUUCCCAGAAAUGUUAAGCUGAGUUGUUUUUCAAACAAAUACAUAGUUCAUAUUUUUUCCAUACAAUUUCUUUUUCACAGGAAAUUGUUCUUAUCAGUAAAAUUAAAUUUUUUUAGUACAGUGUUUACCAUAUCUGGAGAGCCAUAAGCAGUAAAUAUAUAGUAUAUCAAUGCCCAGAGUAGAAUAGUUAGAGUAUUUUGAUAAAAUCCUAUUUUUAGAUUAUAAAUUUCAAGAUGACUCUAUAGUACCUUGUUUAAAAAUAUUAAAAAGACAAUUGAGGCUUAAAUAGAGUAAGAAUUUUUAAUUUAGGGAAACUUAAAUGCUUGUUUUUUAAGAAGCCAUCUAAUGAAACAAUCUAAUUGGACAAAAAUAAAAUAAGUAUCGCUUUCUAACAGUGACCAAAAGGAUGUUAGAAAAAAGUCUAUCUUUUUAUGUACUACCAUUUUAUUGCUAUAGCACCUCUUUCAGCACUCAGCAAAACUGAUGUACCUUCGCUGGCUUCUCCAUCACCAUUCUGUCAUACAGCUUGCAGAAUCCAUAGUCUAAGUCCAGGAGUAGGAAAUCCACUGUCCUACACGUGUGGCAGCACCAUCCCCACUUUGAGUUUCUGCAGAGUUCAUGGUUGGAGCGGAGAAUUAAAAGCUCUGUGCUACAGGAAAGGUCCGUGGAGUAGCUUCUAGCUGGACAAACCCACCCCGCCCCCGAGGUCCUUCCUGCAGGAAGUUUGUGUCUCGCACAGGCAGUGUGGGGGCGAAUGGGCAGGGGACAAGGAGGAGGAUGCAGAAAUGGAGACCGCGCGUGUCGCUGUCCUUGGUUCUGACUCUUGUUGACCGCUAGAGCGCGGCUAUUUCUGGGUGCUCUGGGAUUUGGGCGCCUCUAAACUUCUUUCAUAAAUUCUGAAUCAGAAAAAGUAAAAGAUGGCGAGAACAAGCAGAGACAAAGAGACCAUCCACGCAGACCACCAGAGAUACAGCCUUGGAGAAUAAUCAGAGCUUUGUUCCCACACGGUUUCUCCCACCUCUCAGCUCUACAGAGGUGACCAUCGCCACACUCUUUGCUCAUUUUUCCACCAAUUCUACCUCUUUGGGUUUCUUUCUCAGCUGUUACUCUCCCUAGCCUCCCUCUUACACUUCUUAUUGUCUGAUGUUCCCUAGCCCUGAACUUUUUCCCCUUUUGUUUUGAUUUCCUGAUGUAACAGAGAGGAAUGAAGUUUCAGGCAUGCAUCUGCCCCUGAGCUGAUCUAUGCAACAGGUUGGUGCUCAAGGUGAGGAUGCCCCUGAGUGCUCCAGUGACACCUUGGCUACAGGGAUUUCUGAUGGUCUUUUUGGACUCCUGAUUUCCAUCCAAUCCGACCUCCCACCAAAAAGAACACAGAGGAUGCAUUUCUAGAAAUUUAGACCAAACAACAUCAUCCCUUCAGGGAAAUGUGUACUGUAUCAAACUCUGGGGAAGGAAGUACCUUAUUCCCCCCAACUCAUCAUUUUGAAUUCAAAGUUGGAGAGAUGAAGUACCCUUUAAAAAUAAACAUAAAAUUAUCUGGAUUCUAUUGCCUCUUUUCACAAGGCACUAGAUUUCUAUCAUUCUGCAGUACAUGCAUAAGUAAAAAUGAAAUCUUUCCCAGCAGUGCCCACUUAAUUUUCAGCAUUUUUUAAGCAAAGUGAACUUAAUAAAUAGUAAUUCUUAAUUGAAGGUAUAUACAUAAAAAGCAUGAUUGAAUGGCAAUAUUGUACCAAUGGAUGUACAUUUGUAAUAUUUGUAAAAAAAAAAAA